AUGAAGGACGGGCAAGGCGACAUAUCCGGACCUAUUGAUGUAACUUCGCCGCAGUCGCCUACAAAUUUAUCACAUUCGCCGUCCUCGAAUUAUAACAAUGCAGCAUCAUCUGCUUGUUCAAUGCAAUUUGGUGGAUUGAAACGUAAAUCCACCGUCUCCUACUGUGAUAACAACGUGGAUGCCGCCGAAGCGAACGACUCAAAAUUAGCCAACGGAAGUGCAAGAGAAAAUUACGCCAUGAAAACUUUCGAUGGUAUACGUGCGCGUACAUUCGAAGAGGUUUGGUUCCAAAACCGACGCGCCAAAUGGCGUCGCCAGGAGAAAUCGGAAAGCCUCCGCUUGGGCCUCACUCACUUCACUCAACUGCCACAUCGUCUUGGUUGCGGCGCCGGCGGACUGCCGGUUGAUCCUUGGCUAUCGCCGCCACUACUUUCGGCUCUGCCAGGUUUCCUUUCGCACCCGCAGACCGUCUAUCCCAGCUAUUUGACGCCCCCACUUAGUUUGGCUCCAUCCAAUUUGACUAUGAGUAGCCUGGCAGCCAUGGGUCAUGGGCCACAUGGCCCGGCUAUGCAUCCAUCACCUCACACCGGUCAUCCAGGUGCACCACCACCGCCAUCGGUACUAAGCGCUGCUGGCCACCCUGGUCAUCAUGUACAAUUGUCACAUUUAUCACCACAUCUGUCACGCAUGUCACCACAGAGUUUGGCCACAAUGCCACCACAGCUGAGUUCAUCAACUCCAACAUCGUCCAUAUCGUCAUCGUCCGUAUCAUCGUCAUCUAUGACAUCAGCGAUUGCGAAUGCUGUCGCCCCAGCGUCCAUUCCUUCGAGCGGUGUGGGCUUAGCAGCGCUUUCGCCGCUGUCGUCCAGCAUAUCUGCGCUGCCGCCACCUCUAGCAGCCGCUUCGUCUGCAACCGCGCUCAAUUCGUCAUCACCACCACCACCACGCGCCACUCCAGCAACUAAUUCGGAGCAGUCACCACAAAAUCUCACCACAAAUAACGAUGCAAAUGAAGCCAUGCUCGUGGGCAGCAAUGGCGGCAAUGGAAAUGGUAGUAGCAAGUGCAGUGCAGCAGCCAGCAUGGAAUUGCUUGAUGUGGGACGGGAUAGCCCACCGCCUGGUCAUGCGCUGAGCAGCAAUGUAUCCGCCAAUGCCAUCAGUCGGCAGUCGCCAAUUUCGGCAAGUCAACCGCAGACAGCGGAUAUACGCUCCAAUUCUAUAGCAACGUUGCGCAUCAAAGCGAAAGAGCAUUUGGAAAGCAUCAACAAAGGACUGGCUAUGGUCUGAACGGUGGGUGAACAUGCAACCCACAGCUCGCUCCACCCAGCGGCAGUAAUCGGAAAGAGUAGAUACGCACACACGUCAACAUGCUUUUCUGUUUAAAAUUGCAUUUGUAAUUGAUUUGUUGGUUUGCAGCAAUUAGUGAUUUUAAUUAGUAAAUAAUUGUCGUAUUUUAAUAGGAACCAAAUGUAAGCAAAAUCAAUAUGCACCUAAACAAAACAAGUAUGUACAUAUACAUAUAUGUAUGUAUGUAUGUAUAUGUAUGUAGAAUACUAUGUACAUAUGCUUAAUAUCCAUUAGUCUAUAGAACUAGCCUCUAGAUAAAUUUUAGGAUAAAAUUCUGCCUAUGAGGGCGCCUCUGUGCUGUAGUACUUAUUAUCGUAUGAUAUUUGAAAUAAAUGCACAUAUGUACGUAUGUACAUAUGUACCUUCAUACGAACAAGCUAUGUAUUUAUAUUGCAACUGUGCUAAAUGUACUGCUUAAAUCAAAAUAUUCUACUGAUACAUAGUAUGUGUUUCUCAGUUCCAUUAAUUUUAGCUCUUACAACUACAUAUGUACAUAAUAAGUACUCGUAUGUUUGUAUAAUUAAAAUUAGUAGAGAAAAGAAUCUCGCAAUUAUUGUAAAUAUAAAAGUUUUUAAUAAAAUGAGUAUGUAAUUUAGUAAUGUUUAGUAAUGUAGACGACACCUACAUACAUAAUUAUGUGUGUAUGUAUGUAGUUAUUGUGAAUACACAUUCCAC